UAAUUGAUUCUCCAACAAAAUAUCAAGUAGUGUCUGGCCGACUGCUUCGUAGAUGGGAAAGCAAAAGGUGGUGAUAAGGCUCGGCAUGACGGAUGCAAGGAAGGUCUCCAAGGCCCUCAAAAUUGUGGUUGGAUUCAAUGGUGUAACAUCUGCGAGUUUAGAUAGUAAGAAGAAGGACCAAAUAGUAGUUGGUGGUGAUGGGAUCGACCCAGUUUCCCUGGUAAAAAGGCUAAGAAAGUAUAUGAAAUGUGUAGAGUUACUUAAAGUGGAAUCGGAGGAUGAGAAGGAAGAGAAAGACAAGUCCAAGGAUUUGAUCAAGGCUAUGGAGCUCCUCGGUUGGCCUCAUCAUUUUGGCAUAGGGCACCCAUAUACAUAUUGUCUAGAUUAUGACCCUUGGUGCUGCAUCAUGUAGAAUUCUGGCCAUCCUAAUAUAUUGUAAAUUUGGAUGGUUUAGAUGGGAUGGUUGAUGAACAGUUUGAUUAGCUGUGGAAGAAAAUUUGCUUUCCUUUAGUUGUGUAAGUUAGGUUGGAACCAGACGAAGUACAUGUAUGUGUUGGUAGUUUAGGUGGGGCUUGUUUAUAUUGUCGGAUGUCAUGGUAACUUUGAUGUACUACAACAAAUAUAGUUUAUAGUAUCCGAAUUUUAGCAUGUUUGACAAAA